AUGGACCGCAAGUGCGGAAAGGCUCCCCGGAAACCUUCCAAGGCCGGACCUGCCACCUCCCGGGUUUCGGAGCCGGACCCGUCGGGCACCCAGAUGGAGCCCUGCGAGCCUGCGCCCGCAUCCCGGGCGGCCCAGCCCGCCGCGGACCGCAGCAGCCACGCUGGGGCGUCGCGACCUCGGCAGACCCGGGGCGCCCGGACCCCCCAGAAGCCGCGGCCGCCGCGCGCCCCGCGAGCCUGCCCGGCGAAGGCGCCUCGGACCGUGGACGGGGCGCCGCUGCCGCGCGCGCCCAGCGUGGACGGUCCGGAGCACCCAGCCGCCCCCGAUCUGCCCCUCGCCAGGGCCGGCUCUCGGCGAUCGGGAGCUGCGCGCUCCACGCGGGAUCCGGGCCCCGCGGAGCCGUGUUCCCGAACCACGCCCGCGUCCCCGGAGGAGCCGGGCCCCGGCGCGCGGGUCCAGGUCCCGCGUUCCCGCCGGACCGAGGCGCCGCCAGGUGGCUGGAAUCCCCGGCCCGUGCUGGACAGGCUGAAGCUGAACCGCCAGCAAAUCUCGGCGGCCGCCGUGGUCGUGAACAAGGUAGUGGAUCGCCUACUUCGGAGGCUGCAGGACCGCGAGUCCGAGUUUAAAGGCGUCACCCUGCUACGCACUGGCAGCUACUACGAGCGCGUGAAGAUUUCUUCGCCUAAUGAAUUUGAUGUCAUGUUUAAAUUGGAAGUCCCCAGAAUUCAGCUAGAAGAAUACCCCAACAGUGGGGCUCACUACUUUGUAAAGUUCAAAAGAAACCCAAAAGGAAAUCCUUUGAGUCAAUUUUUAGAAGGGGAAAUACUAUCUGCUUCUAAGAUGCUGAUGAAGUUUCGGAAAAUCAUUAAGGAAGAAAUUAAAAACAUGAAAGAUCAAAAUGUCAGUAUGGAGAAGAAAAAGCCAGGGAGCCCUGCUGUAACACUUCUUAUUGAAAUACCUGAAAAGAUAUCUGUGGAUGUAAUCCUGGCUUUGGAAGCAAAAACUAGUUGGCCUGCUAACACCAAGGAAGGCCUGCUUAUCCAUAAUUGGCUUGGAAAAAAAGUUAGGAAUGAUUUAAGACGACAGCCAUUUUAUUUGGUACCCAAGCAUGCAAAAGAAAGACAUGGUUUUCAAGGAGAGACAUGGCGGAUAUCUUUCUCUCAUAUUGAAAAGGACAUUUUAAAUAAUCAUGGAAAAUCUAAAACAUGUUGUGAAACAGAUGGAGUGAAAUGUUGCAGGAAAAAAUGCCUAAAACUAAUGAAAUACCUUCUGGAACAGCUGAAAAAGAAGUUUGAGGAUCGCAAAGAGCUGAAUAAAUUCUGUUCUUAUCAUGUGAAAACUGCUUUCUUUCACUUAUGUUCCCGGUACCACCUGGACAGCCAGUGGGAUCCCAAGGAUCUAAAGCUGUGCUUUGAUAACUGUGUCACAUUCCUCCUUGAGUGUCUCAGGACAGAAAAACUGGUGCAUUAUUUUAUUCCUGUGGUCAAUCUAUUCUCUCAGGACAAAAUUGACAACGUAAGUAGAGCGUUUCUGUUAGAACAAAUUGAAUAUGAAAGAAACAAUGGGUUUCCAGUUUUUGGUGAAUUUUGAAGUUUGGUUUUCCAAAAAGGAUCAAGAACUAGAAUGAUAAUUGGGAUUAUUAAUAAUAGUUGGGAUUAUUGUGAUUAAUUGGGAAUAAUUGCCAUAGCAAUGAAUGACUAAAAUGAAUGUAUACAAUAUUUUGUUU